UAUCUUACAAAAUUCAUCGUAUCCUUGAACUAAUUCUAUAUUAAUAAAUACAAAGAAACGCAUUUUUUUUGUUACAAAUGAUUUCAAUAACAUUAAAUUUUAUAGUGAUGAAUAUCCUUUGUAUAAAUUCACGAAGUCAUUUCUCAUGAAAGUUUUUUACGUUUCUGGGCCAAAGUCAAGAAUGUGUAGGCAAGAAGUAGUCUCUAUAUAGAAUAUUAAGACGUAGAAACAUAAAGCAAUAAUUAAUUUUAAAGAUAUUGUGUAAAAAUGACACACUACAGGCGUGAUAUUACAUAUAGUGCUCUGGAUAAUGAGUUGACACCACCACUAGCCAGAUCUGCGGAAAACACCAAUUCUCCGACGAUGAUAACUCUCGACCAAGAGCACGAUGAUACGACUAAUGUUAUCAUACACAAAGUACCUCAAACUAAAGGGGGAUGGACACAUAUUAAGGAUCUGGACUCAUUUUUUACAAGAAUGUAUAGAUAUUAUGUGAGAGGUGGAUUCUACCCCAUGAUUAUGGCAGACUUAUUUUACUUGAUACAGUUUAUUUUUAUUGUGUGGUUCUCAACAUUCUUAAUACACUGUGUAGACUAUCCAAGGUUAUUUAGGAAUGAUCCAAAAGCAAAUAGAAGUGAAAAACUAAGUUUGAAUGAUGUAAUUUUUCCUACAUCUGUAUGCGUGAGCCGUAUAUCUUGGACUUGGUGGUGUCUUAUAACACUCUGCUCAAUAAUUUGGUUAAUGAGAUUAGCCAUAUCAUUUUAUCAUUUAUUUUAUGCAUAUGACACAAAGUUAUUUUAUAAUAAUGCAUUAAAAAUUAAAGAGUGCGAUUUAGCGUGGGUCAACUGGUCGGCAGUACAGGAAAAAGUAAGAGAAGCCCAGGCGGAACAUCACAUGUGUGUCCACAAGCAGGAAAUCAAUGAAUUAGAUAUUUACCACCGAAUACUCAGAUUUAACAAUUAUAUGGUGGCAAUGGUCAACAAGAAUUUAAUACCACUGCAAAUACAAGUGCCAUUCAUUGGAGAUUUUCAUUAUCUGUCAAGGGGAUUGAAGUGGAAUUUGGAGUUCCUGUUAUUUUAUAGUCCGUGGAGCCCUUGGGAAAAUUGUUGGCAGCUUCGUACGGCUUAUAAGGAUCACUCGAAACGUAUGCUCCUCGCUAAGCAACUGGAAAGGCAGAUUGUGCUGCUGGCCUUGAUCAAUUUAGUCCUUGCACCGCUCAUACAGGCUUGGCAGAUUCUGUAUUUCUUCUUCAACUAUGCUGAGCUAAUAAAACGUUCGCCUGGAUCGCUAGGGCUCCGAACUUGGUCGCUAUACGCGCGUGUUACGUUGCGUCAUUUCAACGAGCUGGAACAUGAACUAAGGGACCGACUUAACCGCGCCCACAAGCCCGCCACCAAAUAUCUAGCCAGCUUCAGUUCACCCAUCACCGCAGUCAUUGCCAAAAACAUAGUGUUCUUAUCGGCUAGCGUGCUAGGCGUGCUGGUACUGCUGUCGGUGUACGACGAGGAGGUGCUUACAGUGGAACAUGUGCUGACGAUCAUCACGAUACUGGGCUGUGUUCUGGCUGCGGCAAGGGCUCUGAUAGGGGAAGAAGAGAGGUUAGGCGGAGCUUGCACCGGUCCGGCUAGAGGUGAAGAGUAUCUCGUGCAAGUUUUGGGUCACGUCCAUUACUUGCCGGCUGCGUGGAGAGGCCGGGCGCACACCAAAGACGUCGCCGCACAUUUCCAACAUCUAUUCCAGUUCCGAGCGAUAUACAUACUAUAUGAGCUGCUGAGUCCACUGCUAUGCCCUAUAGUCCUCCUUUCCAUUCGAACACGUGCGCUUGAUAUCGUCGACUUCUACAGGAACUUCACUGUGACCGUACUUGGCAUCGGGGACGUCUGCUCUUUUGCUCAGCUCGAUAUACGACGCCACGGACACCCCGAUUGGCAGACCCCUGGAAAACGUGGAGAUAAAGGGUCCAACACCCAGUACAAUCAAGGCGAGGGUGGUAAAACAGAGUUGUCCCUGGUGGCUUUCUCUUGCCGGCACCCUGGCUGGAUGCCCGCUGAGCCUACACAGCGUCAGUUCCUGCGUUCAUUACGUCAGAGCAUGCACCACGCGAUACCUAACCAGAAUGGGCUGAACAAAACAAUGUUGGGUUCAUAUAUUCAACAGAGUAUAUUUGGUACCAACACGCCACUGCCAGCAGUUCUGUCUUAUUACCAGCAGCAACGUCAGCAUUACAGACUUCCGGAAAUGGACGAAAUAAGUGACGAGGAGGAAGGUGACGCUUCGAGGAUUCCGGUGGGAUUGGCGGGCAGUAGCAGUGCGCUGGGGCCCAGUGCAAUGGGGCUGGAAGCACCGCCUGAGUUGCCGGAUGAGACGCGUGAUAUGUCCGUCAGCACCCUGCAUUUGUACGACUUGCAUCUUUCGCAGGCGGUUCCUAAUGUGUCAGCGUGCUGUACUAACAACUGUAGCGAGCGAAACCGUGGGGAGAGCCGAUGGGAGAGCGGCGAGAAUACACCUUUGCUCCAUCACCCUUAACAGUGGCUGGUCGCGCCCAUACCACAUGCUGAGUGGGUGUAGCUCCGUAUGUGAUCUUGAUGUACCUUUCUUACAUAGACUUCUAAAUUAACUAUCGCCUUAUAAAACUUUCUACAAACGAUAAAACGGACAUGCCAUUUGUCUCGCUCGCACUCAUAGAAAUUUUUAAGCAAGACAAACAUAUUUUUAAUACAUCUUGAGGCCCUAGUGUGUGAAGAUCAUGUGAUCGUACUGUCUCAUAGACCCACACCUUCUUUCCUUUAUCUUUGACUAUUUAAACCUUCUGUAAAUUCUUAGUAACUGAAGGUGCGUUUCGAUUGAUGCUUAUCAAUUAAUGUAUCAAGUAAUUAGAGCCUGCCUGAGUGAAAAUAACAAUUUAUCUUAAAUUGUUGUUGAAAAUGCAUGAUGCUGCCUUAUAAUCCGUGAUUGGAUACGCUUUGUGUUUAAUAAUGUGUGAAGUUUGUAUUUUAUCAUAGUUUAGGACCGUAUACUAUUCACUAGUAUGCUUCAUCGCUUUUAUGUUAGCGACAAAAAAAAAACCAGUUGAA